UUAUGUUUGGAAAGUAAGAGGAUAUGGAGAGUCCCCAUGCGGUUUUGUUGGUCGUACUUAUUGCAACUUUCGCUAUUUGUAACCUUGUUCAAGCUGAAGAUCAAGAAGGGUUCAUCAGUUUGGAUUGCGGUUUACCCCCGAAUGAAGUGUCACCAUAUAUCGAGCCGAUUACAGGACUACGAUUUUCAUCAGACUCAAGCUUCAUUCAAAGUGGAAUUAUUGGUAAAGUUGAUAAAAGUUUUGAGACUCUUAAGUCAUACAUGACGCUGAGAUACUUUCCAGAUGGAAAACGAAAUUGUUACAAUCUUAUUGUGAAGCAAGGGACAACUUAUAUGAUUAGAGCUACAGCUCUAUAUGGAAAUUAUGACGGUCAUAAUAAUAGUCCUAAAUUUGAUUUAUACAUUGGCGCUAACUUCUGGACAACACUUGACACGGGAAAAUCUAUAACUGGUGUGGGUGAGGAGAUCACUUACAUCCCAAGAUCAAAUUCUUUAGACGUGUGUCUUGUUAAAACCGACACGACGACACCAUUUUUAUCACUCUUGGAACUAAGGCCUCUAGAUAAGGAUACUUACCUCACUACUUCGGGUUCCUUGAAAAAUUUCAGGCGGUACUAUCUUAGUAAUUCAGAAUCUAUUAUCGCGUAUCCAGAAGACGUCAAGGACAGAAUAUGGGAAUCAAGGUUUGAGUCAGAAUGGAAGCAGAUUUCCACUACUCUCAAACCGAACAACUCCAUUGGUGGUUAUUUUGUGCCGCAGAAUGCGCUUAUGACCGCAGCAAUACCUGCAAAUGAGAGUGCACCGUUUAGUUUAACCGAGGAGCUCGAUUCUCCUACUGACGAACUUUACGUGUACCUCCACUUCUCUGAGGUUCAGUCACUAAAGGCCAAUGAAUCUAGAGAGUUUGACAUGUUGUGGGGUGGAGAAGUUGUUUACGAUGCUUUUAGCCCUGAAUAUCUGAAUAUCACGACAAUUCAAACCAAUACUCCAGUUACUUGCAAAGAUGGAAAAUGCAACUUAGAGCUGAGAAGAACUAAAAACUCUACUCUCCCACCUCUUCUCAAUGCCAUCGAGUUUUACACGGUGAUAAAGUUUCCACAGUUGGAAACAAAUGAAACGGAUGUUGUUGCUAUCAAAGAUAUCAAAGCCACCUAUGAAUUGAAUAGAAUCACAUGGCAAGGAGAUCCAUGCGUCCCGCAAAAGUUUAGAUGGGUCGGUCUGGAUUGUAACAGCUUAGAUACAUUAACACUACCAAGAAUCACUUCAUUGAACUUGUCUUCAACCGGCUUAAAGGGAAACAUUGCAGCUGGAAUCCAAAAUCUUACCCAUCUUGAAAAAUUGGAUUUGUCAAAUAACAAUUUGACCGGAGGAAUUCCUGAAUUUCUAGCUAAUAUGAAGUCUUUGUCGUUCAUAAACUUGAGCAAGAACAAUCUGAAUGGUUCAAUCCCACAAGCUCUUCUUAAAAGAGAAAAGGAUGGACUGAAGUUAUCUGUUGAUGAAAAGACUCGGUGUUUUCCUGGUUCAUGUGUCACCACCACUAAGAAGAAAUUCCCAGUAAUGAUUGUUGCAUUAGUAUCUUCGGCGGUGGUGGUCAUUGUAGUGGUUCUAGUUCUCAUUUUUGUGUUUAAGAAGAAAAAACCAUCAAAUUUGGAAGCUCUACCACCGUCAUCAAAUACGCCAUGUGAAAAUGUUACAUCAACCAGUAUUUCUGAUACAUCGAUUGAGACAAAAAGAAAAAGAUUCAGUUACUCAGAGGUUCUGGAAAUGACAAAGAACUUGCAAAGACCACUUGGUGAAGGAGGGUUUGGUGUCGUUUAUCAUGGUGAUAUAAAUGGUUCAUCACAACAAGUAGCCGUUAAACUACUUUCCCAAUCAUCAACACAAGGCUAUAAAGAGUUCAAAGCCGAGGUAAACUCUUCGUCGAACUUCUGUUGAGAGUUCACCACAUAAACUUGGGUUUGCUACGUUGGUAGGCUAAUUCUUCUUGAGAAUGAAAAGCAGAGCCACUUAUGAUCAAUAUGGCCAUAGAAGCAAUUAUUGACAUUUGCCACUUGAAAUUUGUUCGUUGGUGCUUUUGUGCAUUAUGAACAAGAGUGACGGCACAAGCUGGUAGGAUAGUCUCAGAACCUGUUAAUCAAAGAAAAGAUAAUAUAGCUUUGUGAUCACU